GAGUCAUCCUGACGGCUAACUGAUCGACGUCCGGUAUAGGAUGUAGCUAUAUAAUAUAAAAUAAUCACACUGACACGUCUGUCAAUAUCGGGCAGCAUACAGAGGAUCCGAUGAGUCAAACAGGGACGAAGUACAGUAUGUAUACUUCAACGUCAUCGUGUGUAGUGUGUACACUUGUGCGUUCUGAGCGUGCUGGAGAGGCUCGAGACACAUGGACCGUCCGCACAUCCUUCUAACAGUUGUUAUCCGUACCCUAAUCCUCUUCCCUGGAAUCGCCUCUAUGAAAACAGACAAGGAGAAACUUCAAGGAACAGAUGGACUGACGCUAUACCACAGAAACCUUACGUGGGAGGAGGCAUUUACAUUCUGUCAGGGUAUGGACGAUUCCCUCGCCGUACCCCAAACAUACGAAUACAGCUCUGUACAGAAUGCCAUUCGGAACCAAGAACGCGUGUGGGUUGGUCAAUACACCUAUACAACCCCAUGGAUGUAUCCAACCGGGUGCUUCACAGCCACUAAGCCUUCGAAGAGGAUAGAAGACAAUGAUAUUGCCACAUGUAAACGCUUCUGUGGGGACAUGGACGUCAUGCUGAAUAUUUAUAACUGCCUUUGUGUAACCGAAGCUCCGGGUAUCAGCACUCGAACCAACUCCUCCUUAUGUAAUACGAGAUGUCCUGGUAACAGGGACGACGUUUGCGGAGGAGAGAAUGUCUACCAGCACUACGCAACAUAUGCUGAUACCAAAGAAGACUCAGAUAGAGGCAAUUGUGGAAUGCUAGAAAAGCAUUUAAACCAAUCCUUUAGUAUAGUCGCACGUCACUGCGAUAUAAAGAACACCUAUUUGUGCGCAUUAUUCUUGAAUGCAGAUGACAAUAAAACAAGCGGGGUACCUUUCUAUAUACCCAAGUACGAUAACGGCUCCCUACAAUUCCUAACGUACCAGGAAGCAUUAGAUAGUUGUGCUAACAACGGAACAUAUUUAGCCGACCCAACUAAAUUACAAGCAAGCCAAUUAAACCUCGGAAAGUCAACUCAGUACUGGAUAGGUGCCAGGAGGCGAACAACUUACGUGACAUCCGUUAAAGAGCUUCCAAAAAAUGCAGAAGACCAAAAGUGCCUAUAUAUGGUUAAGGGAUCUAAAGGUGUGUCUAAGGAUAGAGCAAAGGACUGCUCGGCGACAGAAUCAGUUUUAUGUCGCAAACACAUGAAAGGGGAAUCAACCAUGGUUUCCAUUGCUAGUACCACAGUUGGUAUUGUGACGUCACCGACCUCAGCAAUAACCGGAUAUCCUUUUACAAAUGGAACGUCACCUACUUUCGUUAUUUCUGAAAGAACCGGAUCAACUACCGACCCGGUAAAACCGGAUCCACCAGCAACAGGAACAGAUUUGUGGCCAUAUAUUGGUGGAGGGGCCGGGUUUUUCAUUGUGGUAAUCAUCAUCCUGACUAUCGUUAUCAUCCGCUUAACCAGACGUCGUCGUGACAAGGCCAAACUGCACGCAGAUGUAAUACCUCUAGAUACACAUAAUAAUGACUCCCGGGACAUCAUGGUGGCAGACAAUCCCGAGGAGACCAUCGGGCGAGGCGAUUGCAGGCACGCGAACCAGGCUGCAAGUGCAGAAUGUGUCGUGUGUGGCACUGGAUCGAAAUUAAAAGAUACUAAUAUUACUGAUUCUGGAAAAGAUGAGACUAAACUGUUAAUGAAUUUGAAUUCCUCCAGCGAUUUUACUAAAUCCGUCCAGCGAAGAGACUCUAACGACAAAAGGUCAAACGAUGACCUUUAUGAUUUAGCUGAUAAUUCAGAGGGAGUUGUAUCUUUUUCUUCUUCUUUGCAAGAUAGAUCGUUGUCGUGUGAGUCACAGACUCGUAAACGAGGACCUUACGAUUACGUACAGACAAGUAGAAGUGGCUGGGUUAGAGAUCCCAAAGCCGAGAGUGUCGGAAAUGACACUUACAACGAAUUGCACGCAACCCGUACCAGUCACGCUGAAAAUAGCGAUAAUAUGUAUGACCACGCCAAUACGGUUUCUAAUGACGAGUGUUACCACAACCUCACGAAACCCGGAUAUAGACACAGGGAAGAAGAUUUAAGUGCCUAUGACAGUACUCAAAACACACUUGACUCAGAUGUGUACAAUACAUUGUCUAAUAAAGGGUCAAAGGUCAACGGAAAUGACACUUAUAACCCGUAUGUUGAUACACAGAUAGACCCACUGCCAUAGUGUCCACGUUGUGCAUACAGAAAAAAUGAAUUUAUGCUUUUAUAUCGACGCUUUUAUAUUUUGUUCAAAUAAACAAUGUUUAUUGGGCUGUUUUCGAGGUCAACGGAUGUAACACUAUACGUCUUGUAGUCAAGGGCAAUCACAAGUCUCACCUUUUGGUAUAGGUCAGAGAGAAAUGUUACCCUAAAACGUGUUUAUGGGUUGACUUAAUAAACCAGCUGAUUACCACCCUUAGUCGCUUUGACUCCUUUGAAGAGUGUGCUUGAGGAGAGGGCCCUACAGUUCGUGCUUCCCUUUUUUCGGACGUUCAUCUUCGAUGUUGUAUAAACUUUUAUAACUGGUUAAUUAGCUGAACGAACAUUCAGAACUGAUUUAAUUAAGCAUUGAACUGUGUUGAUGUGGCAUUUACAGUCUAUAUGAGUGACACAGCUUUGUAGGCAAGCAUCAAAUGAACACAAUUCAAUGCUUAUAUUAACCAUUUUGAUGUAUUUUGAAUCAUAAUAAAGUUUGCAGUAAAUCCACA